AGAAAUGAAUCUGUGCCUGCUGUUAAUUUUUCUGGAAUGACUGUUUGUGCUGACCAUGGAUGGCAGAAAAGGGGAUUUGAUAGUUUAACUGACAUUCAAAAGACAUGGACUUUCUCCUGGAAAUUUUACAGUUCCUUACAAUUCAAAGAAAAACAAUGAAAGAGAAAAAAGGCAAAAAAAAAAAACUACCAGAACAAAAAUUAAGACGUUUAAAACUAAAAGAAGAAAGAACUACCUCCAAAGGAGCAUGUGAAGCAACAGAAGGAGCCAGCUAUGAAUCUGAAAAAAGUUUUAGUGACCAAGCUGAGGACAUUGAGAGGAUUCCAGAUGCUAUCUUAAAGCCUUUAUAUACGGCAGUGCCCUCUUUAAUCAACCCAACCUUUGUAGUCAUUGAUUUAGAAACUACAGAUUUGAUCAGAAGAAAUAUUAUUCCGCACAUAGUACAGAUAGCUGCCAAAGAACACAAAACACAAACCAGUUUCAACCGUUACAUACCACCACAGCUACCAAUGUCAAAUGAUGCCGAAAAGGUGAGUGGUAUUGUUUGGGAUGGACAAAAGCUUUUUUACAAAGGGGUUGAACUAAACUUUAUUAAUAUAAAGGUUGCCAUAUCUGAUUUUUUAAUGUGGUUAAAUCAAUUCAGUAAUGCUGUAGCACAUAAUGGGAAAAAUUUUGAUUUUCGGGUUUUAUCAAUAGCUGUUUAUAGCUGUAAUAUGUUUGAUAAUUUUACUCAGAUUGUAAUGGGAUUUUUAGACUCAUUGGCCGUUUUUAGAUCAGGCUUUCCAAAAAUAGAAAAAUUUAAUCAGCCAUUUUUAGCACAACAUUUUUGUAAGGAGGAAUAUAAUGCACACAAUGCUGUAGAUGAUGUAAAUAUGCUUGAUAAAAUACUUAUUGCUGCUAAUGUAACUUCAGAACUAUUGCUUAAACAGUGUUACCAUUCAAAUUCUCAUUUUCUGCAAGAAAACUUCAUCAACGCAAAAGCUAAAAACUUGCCAAGCUUUCAUCCCCUUAUUGCUAGCACUACAAAAGUCUGA